AGUGGUUCUGGGUCGGGCUCGUGACAGGGGUCGUGAUGGCGGCGGCCUCGGCUGCGGCGGCUGGGGGUGGUGGAGGGGAGCGCAGCAGCACCCGGGAGCGGCUUCUGGCGGCGCUGGAGGAUCUCGAGCUCUUGGCCAGGUUCUGGCCCCAGUGCUGAAUGAGUCAUACAUCCCACUCAGCUGUUUGCACUGAAACAAGCAGAGAAUCUGUUCCAAGGACAGUGUCCUCAGAUAGACAGUUACUCAUGCCAUUAGAAGCCAAAUAAGUUUGCUGAGUUUACAGAAAUGCCUUUUUAUGUUGUGGUCUUGUUGCUUAGUGAGUUCCCUCCAAGGUUCUUGAUGGCUUUUCAGAAUGGUGACAAAGUAAAUGGGUACCUGGAAGUGUGAUCAAGAUGGAGCUAAUUGAAAUUUUGGCAAUUUCAAGAAACCAGAAGCUUCCACAACCAGGAGAGGAGACCCAGAUCCUGGAACUGCUGAUUCAGAGAGAUGGAGAGUUUCAAGAGCUAAUGAAGCUGGCAGUUGAUCAGGGGAAAAUCCAUCAUGAAAUGCAGCUUUUAGAAAAGGUAGUAGAAAAGAGGGAUAAUGAUAUUCAGCAGCUGCAGAAACAACUAAAAGAAGCAGAGCACAUACUGGCAACAGCUGUUUAUCAAGCAAAGGAAAAGCUGAAAUCAAUUGAAAAAGCAAGAAAAGGUGCCAUUUCUUCUGAAGAAAUAAUUAAAUAUGCCCAUAGGAUCAGUGCUAGCAAUGCUGUGUGUGCCCCUCUCACAUGGGUACCAGGGGACCCACGUAGGCCAUAUCCUACAGAUCUGGAAAUGAGGAGUGGUCUCUUGGGUCAGAUGAACAACCCAUCCACCAAUGGAGUUAAUGGACACUUACCAGGGGAUGCACUUGCUGCGGGCAGACUGCCAGAUGUGCUGGCUCCUCAGUAUCCUUGGCAGUCAAGUGAUAUGUCAAUGAACAUGCUACCUCCUAAUCAUAGUAAUGACUUCAUGUUGGAGCCUCCAGGACACAAUAAAGAGAAUGAAGAUGAUGUAGAAGUUAUGUCAACAGACUCCUCAAGCAGCAGUAGUGACUCAGACUAGGUACAAGAGGGACAGUAUCCCUAGUAGACCUUUCCUGUGGUAAAGGUAGGUUGGGUGCUGUUCAUCAUAAGACACAAUAUCCUUUUAUUACACUGGUGGCCCUGUGUAGGGAGAAGAUAACAGCUGGCUCAGAAAUAGGGUGACUAAUUUAUAAAUCAUGGACUUUUUAGAAUAUUUUUUUGCAUUAGAUAUUCAAGUAAAAUGACUGGGAGCUUUCUGCUGGAGGAGAGAUGUCACAUUUCCAGCGAUUAUGUAAAUGUGUGAAUGUGUAUGUUUGCAAGAGACAUGGUGUGUAUAUAUAUAUGUUUACUAUACAUUAGAUGACAAAAGUUCCUGGGAAAAAAGGUGUAAGGGGAAUCCCCAUGUACGUUAGUAACUUUACUCUUUUGAUGAUAGCCUUUUCUAUGGCACAGAAAUGAGACAUGACAUUUAUAAUUUUAAUACCUUUUUUUUUUUUUUGUCACUGCCUAAAUCCAUGUUUUUGAGCCAAGAACAAAAACAUGGGAAUAAGGUGUAAGGAAAAAAGUUUGUAAUUAUUGUAAUAUAUAAUGAUAUGUCAUAAAUAAACUUAGCUUUGAUCUAA